AUGUCUACGUUCGGUCAUAUCUUCCGUGUCACCACGUAUGGUGAAUCGCAUUGCAAAUCUGUCGGCUGUAUCGUGGAUGGUGUGCCACCUGGAAUGUCGCUGACAGAAGGCGAUAUUCAGCCCCAACUAUCGAGGAGAAGACCAGGUCAGUCCAAGUUGUCUACACCAAGAAACGAGAAGGACAAGGUUGAAAUUCAGUCUGGUGUGGAGUUUGACAAAACGCUCGGGACGCCAAUCGCGAUGCUGAUUCGGAACGAGGACCAGAGACCUCAUGACUACAGCGAUAUGGACAACUACCCUAGGCCCUCGCAUGCAGAUUUCACGUACAUGGAAAAAUACGAUUUGAAGGCAUCGUCCGGUGGCGGCCGCGCUUCCGCUCGAGAGACCAUCGGGCGUGUUGCCGCUGGCGCCAUCGCUGAAAAAUUCUUGAAUCAGGUUUCCAACGUGGAAAUCGUUGGGUUUGUGUCCCAGAUCGGCUCCAUCAAGAUGAACAGGGAUCCGUUUGAUCCGAACUUCCACCAUCUGUUGAACACGAUCACGAGAGAGAAGGUCGAUUCCGUAGGGUUCAUCAGAUGUCCCGACGUGGCCUUGGCCGGCGAAAUGGUCAAGGAGAUCGAAAAACAUAGAGGCAACAAGGACUCCAUCGGUGGUGUGGUUACCUGUGUGGUGAGAAACCUGCCCACUGGUCUCGGUGAGCCCUGCUUCGACAAGCUGGAGGCACUCCUGGCACACGCAAUGCUGUCAAUUCCCGCCUCGAAGGGUUUCGAGAUCGGUUCAGGCUUCGCCGGCGUCUCCGUGCCGGGCUCCAAGCACAACGAUAUGUUCUACUACGACGAAGAGACCAAACGGUUGAGAACAAAGACCAACCAUUCAGGUGGUGUCCAGGGCGGUAUCUCCAACGGCGAGAACAUCUACUUCUCUGUGGCCUUCAAGUCUGUCGCCACCAUCGCGCAAGAACAAGAGACCUGCACCUACGAAGGUAAGCCUGGUGUUCUAGCUGCCAAGGGCAGACACGACCCUGCCGUCACGCCAAGAGCUAUCCCAAUCGUCGAAGCAAUGACUGCCCUGGUCCUCACAGACGCUCUUUUGAUUCAGAAGUCAAGAGACUACGCCAAGAGCAUAACCCACUGA